GUGGUCAUAUAUCUUUCAUGACAAAGGAAAUGAAGAAGAGUAUUUGUAACAAAGAAAAAAUCAAGGAAUCAAUGGAUCGCACAUUUGAGGCCAGGAGACAUUGGGUUAAGACUGAACAUCCUUUAGUUCAGGAACUGUUGAACACAUACCCAGCACUAAAAGCUGAGGAUGAAGUCAGACAUGAGUUCCAACGACUAACAGGAGUAGAAGCCGACACAGCACUGCUGGCAUUCCUGAGCAGGUGUGGGGAAACUGUACUCAAGUUGUGUACAGAAAAGAAAGCGCUUCGUGCACACAUUGAGGAAUUCUACAAGAAAGUCGAAAAGCUAACUACAUCUCAACAGAAGUAUCACUUUGCCGUAGAAGUGCUAAAGUCAUUGCCAGCGCUUGUGAGGGAAAACUGGCAAAACCUGUUCACAAAACUGGAGCCUGGCCAAGCAUAUGCAUACCCCAGCAUCAUAUACACUGGGAACGAUCCACUCACAACGCAGUGCAUUACGGUGAAAGCAGAGGGGCUGUCUAUCGAGGUACCCGACAUUACAUCGGCAGUGUCCCUUUUGUUGUGCAUAUACUGGACGUUCGAUAUAGAAUAUGCGCCUCACCUCAAAAACACCCUGUGCAUUCUGGAGCGCAUGAUAGGAGUGGAAUACACCCCACUGACCUCUGUUCCCCUACGUGUCCUUACCACACUAAAAGCGUGAUGUGCCAUUUAGUAUAUUUUUUAUUGUCUGCGAAACAAACUGAAGGAACAAAGCUGGCAGAUCAUGGCUAGCAGC